AUGCUCUGCGCGCAGUUCCACGUGGACACCAGGAGCGACGACCCGGGUCCCCGAUGCGGUCACACGCUGACGUGCGUCCCCGCGGACGGCGGCGGGCAGCGGCUCAUCAUAUUCGGUGGCGCCACCGCGCUCGAGGGCGACGGGCCGAGCGGGAGCACCAGCGGCAUCAGGCUCGCGGGAGCAACCUCCGACGUGCACAGCUUCGACGUGCGCAGCGGCGUGUGGACCAAGCUGGACCCGACGGGCGAGGGUCCCUCCCCUCGAGCCGCGCACAGCGCCGCGGCGGUCGGCAACAUGGUGGUGGUGCAGGGAGGAAUCGGACCGUCGGGACUCGCGUCCGAGGAUCUCCACGUCCUCGACCUGCAGGGCGCGCCGCGGUGGCACCGCGUGUCCGUCAAGGGCCCGGGACCCGGACAGAGGUACGCGCACGUCAUAUCCUUCGUCGCGCAGCGGUUCCUCGUCGUGCACGGCGGCAACGACGGCGCCAAGCCCCUGGGCGACAGCUGGUGCCUGGACACCACGUCCAAGCCGUACGAGUGGUUCAAGAUGAACCCGGCGGGUGACGUCCCGCCGCCGCGCAUGUACGCCGCCGCCGCGCCGCGCGCCGACGGCCUCUUGCUCCUCUGCGGCGGCAGAGGCGCGGACAGCUCACCCCUCUCCGACGCCUUCGGGCUGGCGAGGCACCGCGACGGCAGGUGGGAGUGGGCGGCGGCGCCCGGCGAGGCGCCCACGGCUAGGUACCAGCACGCGGUGGCGUUUGUCGGGACGAGGCUGCACGUCAGCGGCGGUGCCCUCGGCGGGGGGUCCAUGGUGGACGACCACCUGUCACUCGCCGUGCUGAACACGUCCGCGGGUUCAGCCGCGGGUUGGUCCGUGGCGGAGAUUGAGCGCGCGGGGGGUUCGAGCGCGGCGGCGGCGACGGCGAGUCGCAGGUGCCGCCACACCACCGCGGGCGUCGGUCCGUUGGUCUUCGUGUGCGGCGGCUUGCGCGGGGGUAACCUGCUCGGGGACAUGUACGUGAUGGAGGAGAGCCCGGCGGCGCAGGGGCUGACCAGAACGGAGGCGACCGCGGAGGCGGCGGCGUUUUUGUCGGCGAACCCCGACCAUAGCGGCGGUUCGGUCAACUCCGACCACGGCGGAUCGGUUAAACCCGGGUUCGCCACCCCGGGUGGCACGAACCUCGGGUCCCUCAAGUUCGUCGGCGGGAGCGCCGGGUCGCUCAAGUUUGACCACGGCUCGCCCGGGAGCGCGGAUGGGUCGCCGGAGAAUAACAUCGGCGCGAACAACGAGGCGAUGACCAAGCUGAGCUCCGAGGAGGCCCAAGCCGCGGUCGCCCUCGCCAAGGCGGCGCACGUGGACAUCGACUCCCCGCCGGAGAGCCACGGGAGCGGUAAAUCGUCCGUUCACACGCCUUCCCCGCAGUCCACGGCGAGGGGCGGCGCGAGGGGUGCGAGAGGGACGGCGUCGACGGCGAGGAAGCCGCCGAGCUCGGAGGUUCGUCUGCACCACCGCGCCGUCGUGGUGGCGGCGGGUUCGCACGACGGACCGGCGUCGGGUCUGGGCAGUUUGGUCAGGCAGCUGUCCAUCGACCAGUUUGAAUCCGAGAGCAAGAGGAUUGGGCCGGACAUGGCGGCGUUUGGCACGCCGAUGGUGAAGAUGGGCAGCCUGGACCCGGGAUCGAUGACUCCCGACGGCCGCGGCGUGCUCACCCCGGACCACGAGAAGCCCGACACGGUGCCCCGCAAGGUGCUCAACGAGCUCCUCCACCCGAGGCAGUGGGAACCCGACCCGGUGGGAGCCAGCCGGGGUUUCAUCCUCAACGUCGACGAAAUCGACGAGCUGUGCACCCUGGCUGAGGAAAAGUUCCAGGCGGAGUCAACCGUGCUGCGACUUCGCGCGCCCACCAAAAUCUUCGGCGACCUCCACGGGCAGUACGGCGAUCUCAUGCGCCUCUUUGCCGAGUACGGAAGCCCGAGCACGGCUGGUGAUAUCGCGUACAUCGACUACCUGUUCCUGGGCGAUUACGUGGACCGCGGGGCGUACUCGCUCGAGACGAUGUCGCUGCUCUUGGCGCUAAAGAUUGAGCAUCCCGAUAACAUCCACCUGCUCCGGGGUAACCACGAGGAGGCUGACAUCAACGCUCUGUUCGGAUUUCGCACGGAGUGCAUAGAGAGGCUGGGCGAGGAGGCUGGCGUGCAGGCUUGGACCCGGUUCAACAACCUGUUCCAGUGGCUUCCCCUCGCGGCGGUGAUCGAGGACCGCGUGGCGUGCAUGCACGGCGGCAUCGGGCGGAGCAUCACGCACAUCUCACAGCUGGAGGAGCUCGAGCGCCCGCUCACGAUCGAGUCCGGCGGUAUCAUGCUCAUGGACGUCCUCUGGUCGGAUCCGACGGAGAGCGACAGGGUGGAGGGCCUGCGACCCAACGCUCGGGGCCCGGGGCUGGUCACGUUCGGGCCCGACAGGGUGCGGAAGUUCUGCGAGGACAACGACCUGCAGAUGAUCAUCCGCGCGCACGAGUGCGUCAUGGACGGGUUCGAGCGGUUCGCGGGCGGGCUUCUCAUAACCGUGUUCUCGGCCACAAACUACUGCGGCACGGCUAACAACGCCGGCGCCAUCUUAGUUCUCGGAAGGGACCUGAAGCUGUAUCCGAAGUUGAUCCAUCCGCUGCCGCCGUCGGCGCUGUACGGCGACGGUGGAGAGGACGAGGACAUGGAGGGCGGGAGCUGGCAGCUGGCGCUCAACAAGGACAGGCCGCCCACGCCGCCGAGAGGCAGGGCUGGUGAUCAGAAGAGCCGGAUUGGGUCGGGGGGCGACAUUUUUUAA